CGCCCCGCAGCGGCCGGGCAGGUCGCGCAGCCUCGGCGGAGCCCGGGAAGCGCCCGGGCGAAGAGGAGGAGCUAGGGGCACCGAGCGGGUGGAGUCGGGAGCCCGAGAGCGGUGGAGGCGGAUUUCCUGGGCCCGGCUCGGUGGGGCUACUAUGGCGUUUGGGAAGAGUCACCGGGAUCCCUAUGCGACCUCCGUAGGCCACCUCAUAGAAAAGGCUACAUUUGCUGGAGUUCAGACUGAAGAUUGGGGCCAGUUUAUGCACAUCUGCGACAUAAUUAACACUGCCCAUGAUGGGCCAAAAGAUGCAGUAAAAGCUUUGAAGAAAAGGAUUUCGAAAAACUACAAUCAUAAAGAAAUCCAACUCACCUUGUCACUUAUUGACAUGUGCAUGCAGAACUGUGGUCCAAGUUUCCAAUCUCUGAUUGUGAAGAAGGAAUUCAUUAAAGAUAGUCUGGUUAAGCUUCUGAACCCCAGAUACACCUUGCCAUUAGACAUUCAGCAUAGAAUCUUGAAUUUCAUCAAGACUUGGUCGCAAGGUUUCCCAGGAGGUGUGGAUGUCAGCGAAGUGAAAGAAGUGUACCUUGACCUUCUCAAGAAAGGUGUUCAGUUUCCUCCCUCAGAUGCAGAGGCUGAAACAGCAAGACAAGAGGCCGCUCAGAUCUCCUCGAAUCCACCAACCUCUGUUCCUACCGCACCAGCUCUUCCUUCUGUAAUUGUUCCCAAGAGCUCUACUCUUACACUGGUCCCAGAACAGAUUGCAAAAUUGCACAGUGAAUUGGAUAUGGUGAAAAUGAAUGUGAGAGUGAUGUCCGCCAUAUUGAUGGAGAAUAUUCCUGGAUCUGAAAACCGUGAAGACAUAGAGCUUCUGCAGGUGUAGUAUGAUUUCAGGAGCAGUCAGUCACACAGUCUUUUAAGAUGUCUUCUAUCUCAAGGCUCUAAGAAUAACUUUAAUAUUAUCUAGUUCAUCUUCGCUGAUAUCUAAACUUAACAAGGAGAUGCAGAGAUGACUUUAACACAGACGUAAUCAUUAUUUAGACAUG